AUGUCGAACGCCAUGAAAAAGCUCAAGCUCCUCCACCACCUCACGGCCGCCUCUGCCAAUGCCACAGCCAGCACGAGCAGCAUGCCACCACCCCCGGCAUCCGCGCAGCAGUUCCCCACUCCCCCCACAUCUCCCAUACGCCACCACUUCCACCCACAGUCGCAGUCCUACCUCGACGUCUCGAAUGCCCUGCGCUCUGCCCGCCAUGCAUUGAAUAGCAUUCAGUCCUCAACUGUUGUUCCCCAGCAGCACCAGUACCACACACAGGCAGACCAGAUCAUGCGAAACUCACACUACGCCGCCAUGGUCCAGCAGCCUCCCAGGCCUUCCGGCGCUCCCGCGUGCCUGCUGCCGCAGGCGUUCAUGGUCCUCACACCCAAUGACCCCCAUCCAGCCAUCUGCCUACCCGCAUCACCUCCGCCAGUGACGUCGCACAUGCACAACCACUACCAUCACCACUCAACGCUCAUCCCCCCCGUCCCAAUCAACCCGCCAAUCCAGCAGGUGCUCAUGUCCGAGCAGGCAGUCCCACGGGGAAACACAACAAUCUACUCAUCUCGUCCCCCAGCGCCAACAUACCAAGGUGCCUCACACUACCAGUACCAGACGACCCGCCGUCCCAGUACACAAAAGCGCCCACGCCUCACCACCGACGCCGUCUCCAAGAUCGGCAAGGACUCCCGCCUCGCCCGUUGGGAGCGUGUCGUUGGCUACGUGCGUGAGCAGCGCAAAGCCAACGCCGCUAGCCAGGCUGACAGCACCCCCGCGGACCCAACCCUCUCUGCCAUCGAGGCAAAGAAGGCCUUCAUCCGCGAGAUCGAGCGCAAGAACCGCUUUCUCGACAUGAUCGACUACGACGAGCAGAAGCAGCGAUCACUGUGGAGCGGUGGCAGCGCGGGCACGAACGGCGUUGAUGAGUUUGUGUGGAGCGAGGACGAGGAUGACGAUUCGUUCCGCAAGGUGGUCGAGAACCAGCAUGCCCUUGAGGAGCACAAGCGCCGUUUGGACCGCCUGUACCCCGAAGAUGUUGUCAAGGAGAAGGUUGCAGUAGCGGAGGAGGGUGUGUUUACGCUGGAGGAUGGCGAGGCCACGGUCAAGGAUUUUGAGAUGGGGAAUGGGUUGACAAGGUCGUCGAGGAGUGAGAAGAGGCCCAGGAGCUCACCGGCGGUGGAGUCAAACGCCUAUUGGGAGUUGAUGAAGAGGACCGAGAUUGAGAAGUUGCCCGAGCUGAGGAGGGAGAGCCAGAUUGAGGGCGGUUUGGACAGACUUGCGGGGAGGGAGAUGAGGAGAUUCUCGGUUUACUAA